AGUGACGUCGUUUUGGCAGCAGAGCGCUUUGACAUGGUCAACGCCGGAACACGACGGGCGCACGUCGGUAGUAAGCGACAGGGCAACCGCUCGGCUCCCACCACGUUCUCCAUCCCCAUGAAAAUCGACAGGUUUGACGGGCGGUCACGUCCAAAAAACACCAAUUACACGCGUGAUUUUUGCGGGGUGCUAGGCCAUCGAAUCUUCGACUGCAACAAAAUGAAAGCCGCACGCGCAGAGUAUCGGGCACGCAACAGUGGCGGAAAUUCUUCAGCCAAUCAGAAGACAAAAAACGGAAUUCGCCAGUGAUUGCGGAUCUAGCUAGUGAAAAAGAAAAGAUUCGGAAGUGGCCGCAGGAUUCCGAGAAAAUCGACUUCAACGAAGCUGAUUCGACGCAAGCAUGAGGAAAUGAUGGGGAAAAAUCUCCACCCCACGACCAGUCUUCGCCAGAGAAAAUCGCUGAGAAAAAAUCUGACUCCGCGAAAAAGGACUCUGCCGAGACGGGAAAACUCCGAAAAGACCCAAGAAUUAUAAGGGCUCGUCAAAAGUUAUCUUAUAAAGAUGCUUUAAUGAAAAAUUAUAAUUUUCGAGGGGCUAGAGCCUUGGAGAAAUUUCUGGAGGGACUCUAGAAGAAGCAGAAACUUGUGGAGAUCAUACCGGACGACGCCUCCAAGCACUUGUGGACAGUGGAGCAUCGCACACCGUCUGUGACAAGGCAGUAAUCGACCGACUUCGGGAAGAGUACAAGCCUUCGGUAUUCUCUGCAACGAUGGUAGACAGCAGCAAGUUUCCAGUAUACGGCGAAGCAGUGCUACACCUACAAAUCGGACCACUACGCUGGAGACCUGCACUCCCCAUCACCAACAUAAAAGAGCUUGACUUGAUCUUCGGGCAAGACUUCCUAAAACGAUUCAACCCCGAGAUCAACUGGGUAAAUCGUACCGCGAGCAUCUACAACAGUGGGAGGAGAGUCCAACUACCCAACAGGGACGAUACAGGAGAUAUCCCAGUGGAGACACUCGCAAGAUUCGAGAAGGACGCAAAACGAACCGACACUGGGUUCCUGGCGAUAGCGACGGAUGUGGAAAGCGACGGAGAGAAAACCUUGGAACCUUCACAAAAAGUUAAGGAAUUACUAAAGGAGUUCCAAGACAUUCUUCCCGACGACCUUCCAAAUGAGCUGCCGCCAUACCGAACGCACCAACACGAGAUCGUGGAAGAACCAGGUUCGAAGCCGACCUUCUGAGCACCAUAUCGGCUCAGCCCCACGGAGCUAGCCGAUAUGAAGAAGCAGAUCAAGUAUCUCCUCGCAAAAGGACUCAUCCGACCAUCCACUUCGCCAUACGGUGCCCAAGUACUCUUCACACCGAAACCGGACGGAAGCCUGCACAUGUGCAUCGAUUACCGAGCUCUCAACAAGCAGACAAUCAAGAACAAAUACCCAA